CUUCUAAGAAAACAUACAGCAUGUCUGAGAAAGAAUGGUGGCGUGAAAAGGCAGAAGAGGUUGUGAUUUACGCAGGGACACACCCGUAUGAAUUCAUUUACUAUGUACUGCUGUGCCUCUCCCCUUUCUUCUUCAUAUCUGCACUGUUAUCAUGGCAACUAGCAAAGCAAAUAGAGCAAAAAGAAAGAGCAGAGAAAAAACAGCGCAGGAGAGACGCUAACAUAGCAAAAGUAAAAAGUAAACAAAAAGCCUCAGCAGAUAAAGCAGUAGCAUCAUCUGAAAAGGCGGCCAAGGAGAAAGGCUCAAAGGCAGACUAGAAUGUUACAAAAUCUAGGAUGACAUUUUAAUUCAGGUUGAAAUAAUCUUGAGAUGCAAGGAUUUAAGAUGCAAAGAUUUACAUGUAUUGUACACUCAACAGAAACCAGGCUCUUGUGAUCGUCAUUAUGGAUUAUAUUAUUGUGCCACAGAAUGAUACAUGACAUGAUGUAUAUAGAGUCUCCAGACUAUAAAGAGAGUGAAAUUUAUUGCAAACCUUUACAAUUCAGCAUGCAAGACAUAACAGAUUUGGUGAAAUGACACAUUAAACACACAAAAUCUUCCAUGUUUACAGUAUAUCAAUGCCAAUAGAUUUCCUUUCCUUGGACAAUAUUUCAUCAUUGUUAAUGUUAGUGAACAUUCCAUCUUGUUCAAUGAAUACAUUAACCUUAUCAGAUGUAAAAUUGUAUGUGGGCAGAGCAGUGAUGUCAGUUUACAUGUUUGAGCAGUGGAUCAUCUGUUGAAGUAUUCUAGAUGCUUCCUGGUCAUCUCAACCCCAAGUCAACUCAACCCCUGUAAAACUCAACUCU